UAACCUCUCUUCAUUCUUGUAUUGUAUUUUAGGUUAUAUUAUCUUGAAAAAAAUGUCGAUUGUAAAAUAUAAAUCGAAAAUUCGACUUAUUCUAAAUGAAACAUAUCGUGGAUAUAGUACAUUGGUCGCAACAGAACCAUCUAAGUUGACAAAAUUACCUGAAUAUCCACCAAUUUAUGAAGUUAGCGAAAGAGCAAGACGGGAACGAAAAUUUGAGGAUUGGACUGAACAAAUUAAAAAUCUUCAUACAGUUGAGGAAAAAUUAAUGAAAAUUAAUAUGCCCAAAUAUUAUGGUUGGGAAUCUGUGGUACUUAACGAUACAAAAAUUCCAUACAAUGCAUUAUCGUUUAUACAACAUUGUACUCGAACUCAUAUAAUUCAUGGAGCCGAGCUUCCAAAUUUUUAUAAGAAAAUUGAAUCAAAUUUAGAUGCAGUUAUUAAGGAUAUAAAAUCAGAAAUUGAAAAUGCACUGAUUGUUGAAUUUCAGUUAGUAAGACGAAAACCAGAAAGUAAACCACUUUCUCCAGCCGAAAAAGAAAAUUUAAUAAGCCGUUCUAUAAUUGAUCAAAUAAAUCGAAUAAUUAUAAAUAAUUUAUCGAAAAAUUACGAACACCUUUUAACGAGCCAGAUUGAUGUAACACCUCGACAUGAAGCAUUCUGGUUUGUUGGCGGUUUUAAACCAUCAGAACGAUUACGUAAAACCAGGAAAAAUGACAAAUUUCAAGAAUUUAUGAGCAACGAUCCCAUUGAUCGUCCAAUUCAAUUUAUCGGAUCGCCAUUUUUAGCUUUACGUAACACCCUACCUCUAGAUCCAAUAAUUUCGUUGGACGAUGCGACGAAUAGCGAUUUUAAGGUACCCUUUUUCGAUUAUAAUCCCAAAGUAUUGGGAUAUAACAAUGAGUUUCGACAUGGUACAAAUAUCCCUGGUUUCUGGCCAGAUGAUCCAUAUAAAUUUGGAUUGUUGUCGUUCAAUGGACGAGGGCAUAUUUUAGAACGAUUACCAACUUUUGGUGAGGAAGAUAAUUUAGAAGCUCUACAUGCCCAAUCAAUUUUAUCAUCUUUUGCAUGGCUGCAUUCGCAAGCGUGUUAUCAGGGAUUUUCAACAUUCACGGAUCUGACUUAUCCAUUAGUGAAUCAAAAUAUUAUUACCAACGGACAAUAUUGGUCAUUUUAUGUUUAUCAAUUAAAUACAACAUUAUUACACGGGAAAAAUAUGCCGAAUAAUCCACGACGAAAUAUAUGUUGGGCUUUAAAACCACAAAAACUGUUCGAAAACAUUGAUGAAAAUAAAAAAAUUAUUGGUUUCAACGACGAAGUUUUAAAGAAUUUACUUAAAUUUUACAUAAACCAGCCGGCCCAACGAAUUGAGAAUAUGACACCGUAUUUAGGGGAAAAUAUCAAAACAAUUGCGGAUAUUGAAGAUAACGAAAAACGUGAAUGGUUGGAAAAACAAUUCAAAUAUAUGAUGUCAAAUCGACCUCGACAUCGAUUACAAUAUGAGAUUUACGAUUGGGAACGUAUUUAUAAAAUUGAUCAUAAAACACGCCAGUUAGAGCCGAGACGACGUCCAUUCGAAUUAAAAGAUAAUAAUCCAAUUGCGUAUCGACGUUAUGAUGAUUUUCAUCCACGUUAUGUACCGAAAAAAUUGAGGCCAGAGGGUACGAAACGUAAAAAUCAAAAUAAAUGGGAAAAAACAUAUUUCCCGUAGUUUUGUAAAUGUAGAAAAUUGUAAAUUGUAUUAUUU